AUGAGUUGGGAGGUUCCUCUUCCUCAUGUUAUGAGAGAAAUUUAUAUGCAUAGAGAGGGCACUGAUCCACGUUUUAUAAAACUUGAACCUGUAUUUAAAUGCUCAAUGUUAAAGCGUGGUGGCUUACAAAGAGUGGUAUCAUCCUCCUUCUCUUGUUUGACAUCAGUGGAUGCACAUGAGCUCGGUGGUGAUGGUGGUGAUAUUAUUGCUGAUAGAUUUGGGGACUCAAGUCUACGAUCAACAACCCUUGGUGGGGAUAGGUUCAACCUCAAUUCAAGUUUCGGAUUGCUUCUCCUAAACCACUUCUUGGAGUCUGUUAAACUUGUUUACAAUGGUUUGCUUUAUGCAUGGAAAUUUAUUUGUAGUAAUCCAUUUCGUCCUUUGAGGAGCCUCCAUCCUGCGCCAAGAAUGAUAUAUAGUCUGGAUUGGCUGUCAAAGCCAAGUUGCAUCAUUAUGUCCUUUGAGGAUGGAACAAUGAGAACCAUUAGCUUGGUGAAGGCUGCAAAUGACCUCCCCGUCACUGGAGAAAUAUACAGUGGAAAAAAGCAAUUUGGGUUGCAUGGUUCUUCAUAUUCAUCUUUUGCCAUUUGGAGUGUUCAAGUGUCACGUAUAACAGGCAUGGUUGCGUAUUGUGGUACAGAUGGUGCUGUCUUUCGUUUUCAGCUUACUACUAAAGAAGUGGAGACAGAUCAUGUGCGCAGUCGAUCCCCACGCUUCCUUUGUGGGUUGGUAACUGAGGAAGAUUCAACUAUCGUUAUCAACACUCCUGUGUCAAACACUCCUUUCCUAUGGAAAAAGCCACAAGACAAAGGUCGAUAUGCAGAAUCUUUCCGAGACCUAUUAUCCAAGACAAAUGCAAGCAAAAGUGCAAAUAAUCAAAUGGCAGAAACUCCAAAUUCUGACUCUCAGAUUUUAGCAAUUGGUGCUGGUGAGAAUGUGGGUUUGGAAGUUGUUUCUGGGGAAGCUUUAUCUUCUGUGAAGCAGCCCAAAAGGCCAAAACUGAAUAGUGGCAGCAAGAAAAAAACUGUAGAAAAACCAGAUCUGGUAUGCAAAGAUGAUGAUGAUGUGUCAACAAUGACUCCCGGGACUGAUGAUGAAAAGUCAGAUUUUGGGAAUAUACCUGAAGUCUUCCCUCCCAAAAUGGCAGCAUUGCACAGAGUGAGAUGGAACAUGAACAAAGGUAGUGAAAAAUGGCUGUGCUUUGGAGGAGCUAGUGGACUUGUACGAUGCCAGGAGAUUGUUUACUCUCAUGUUGAUAAGAAAUUGGCCUUGAAGAGAUGACAGUUUCUUAUCCAUUAAAUCACAGUAGGGAAAAAAUAGUCAAUAUGUAACAUCUUUUAUUCAUUCAAAAAAGUAAAAGGACUUGGCUUUUUUAGCAAGUCCACCUGUGUAAAUUUAAUUUGUAAAGCACCU